CCCUCCCCUUCCGCCCGCAGUCCUUCCCUAUCGCUAUUCACGUGAUUGCUCGGUGUGCUCCGCCUCCAGUCCCCGGCUCACGUGAUCGUGCUAGGGGAGAAAACGCCUGACCCCCAGCCCCGGGGCCUUUCCCGUGCAAUCCCUUUCUUCCUGCAGGUCCUUCUCCUCUAGCCUUUCAGACACCUGCGCCUCCCUCCACUCGGUCCCGGGGCCGCCCCGGCGCUGUGUCCGCCAUGUGGCUCCUGCCUCUGGCCCCAACUGGGCCCCGGCGGGACAACCCCCGUCACCUGCCUUCCUGCAACCCAGCGCUGCUGCUGCUGCUGCUGGGCAGCUGCCUGGGGGUCUCUGGGGUGGCGGCGGGUUCUCGGAGGCCCAAUGUGGUGCUGCUCCUCACCGACGACCAGGACGAAGUGCUCGGCGGCAUGACACCACUAAAAAAAACCAAGGCUCUCAUUGGAGAAAUGGGGAUGACCUUCUCCAGUGCUUAUGUGCCAAGUGCUCUUUGCUGCCCAAGCAGAGCCAGUAUCUUGACGGGGAAGUAUCCACAUAAUCAUCACGUUGUUAACAACACUUUAGAGGGAAACUGCAGUAGUAAGUCUUGGCAGAAGAUCCAAGAACCAAAUACUUUCCCAGCAAUUCUCAGAUCAGUGUGUGGUUAUCAGACCUUUUUCGCAGGGAAGUACUUAAAUGAGUAUGGAGCCCCAGAUGCAGGUGGACUAGAGCAUGUUCCUCUGGGCUGGAGUUACUGGUAUGCCUUGGAAAAGAAUUCUAAAUACUAUAAUUAUACCCUCUCUAUCAAUGGGAAGGCACGAAAGCAUGGUGAAAACUACAGUGUGGACUACCUGACAGAUGUUCUGGCUAAUAUCUCUUUGGGCUUCCUGGACUACAAAUCCAACUCUGAGCCAUUCUUCAUGAUGAUCUCCACACCAGCACCACACUCGCCUUGGACAGCCGCACCUCAGUACCAAAAGACCUUCCAGAAUGUCUUUGCACCAAGAAAUAAGAACUUCAACAUCCAUGGAACGAACAAGCACUGGUUAAUUAGGCAAGCCAAGACCCCAAUGACUAAUUCUUCAAUACAGUUUUUAGACAGUGCCUUUAGGAAAAGGUGGCAGACUUUAUUGUCAGUUGAUGACCUUGUGGAGAAACUAGUCAAGAGAUUGGAGUUCAAUGGGGAACUUAACAACACAUACAUCUUUUAUACCUCAGACAAUGGCUAUCAUACAGGACAGUUUUCUUUGCCAAUAGACAAAAGACAGCUGUAUGAGUUUGACAUCAAAGUUCCACUGUUGGUUCGAGGACCUGGGAUCAAACCAAAUCAGACAAGCAAGAUGCUCGUUGCCAACAUUGAUUUGGGUCCUACUAUUUUGGACAUUGCUGGAUAUAACCCAAAUAAGACACAGAUGGAUGGGAUGUCUUUAUUGCCCAUUUUGAGAGGUGCCAGUAAUCUGACGUGGCGGUCUGAUGUCUUGGUGGAGUAUCAAGGAGAAGGCCGUAAUGUCACCGACCCAACAUGUCCUUCCCUGAGUCCCGGAGUAUCUCAAUGCUUCCCAGACUGUGUCUGUGAAGAUGCUUACAAUAACACCUAUGCCUGUGUGAGGACCAUGUCAACACAGUGGAAUUUACAGUAUUGUGAGUUUGACGACCAGGAGGUGUUUGUGGAAGUCUACAACCUGACUGCAGACCCAGACCAAAUCACGAACAUUGCUAAAAGUAUAGACCCAGAGCUUUUGGGGAAAAUGAACUACCGGCUAAUGAUGUUACAGUCGUGUUCUGGACCAACCUGUCGCACUCCAGGUGUUUUUGACCCGGGAUACAGGUUUGACCCUCGUCUCAUGUUCAACAAUCAUGGCAGUGUCAGGACUCGAAGGUUUUCAAAACAUCCUCUGUAGCGACCUCUGCAGUUGGGUCCCAGCACACCUCUGUCUGAUGAAGUGAUUGUAGUAGGUUUCUGUAGCUAGUCCUCAAGACCACACCUUGAAGAGUUUCUGGACUGGCUCUAAGUCCUGUUUGAAAAAGCAACCCAAUCAGCUGACUUCCUUGUGCAAUGUGUUAAACUGUGAACUCCGCCCACACGUCAGGAAUGGCUGUCCCUUCAUUCACCUAAUAACAAAUGCUCCUGAGGUCUUUGUCCUCACCCACACCCUUUCUGUCCUGGGGUCACAGUUCUUGAUUAUUCCCCAUGUGGUCAUAGUCUGAAUUACUUGCUUGGGGGCAGAGGGGUGGUUUACAGCUUAACCACUUCACUAUCAAAAAUACCAACAUCACAUGGCUUGAAGAAUAACCCUCAGAGCUGAAUCAUCAGAGCAAGAACAAGUACCGCCAUUUUCAGAUUAGUAGAAAUACAGUGUGUAUAAUACCCAUCACAAUGUGAUAAGGUCACAAGUUCAAAACCUGUCAGCCAAGCACGGUUCGUGUUGUUUUGGUUUUUUUGUUGUUGUUGUUUUUUAUGCAUUCUGGGCUGAUGCUACACUUAAAUAGAACAGUUUUUGGUACAGGCUAAUAAUUCGAGGUAGUUCUAAAAGUGAAAGCCGUGGACUUCCUGGUGGCUGCUAACCACAUGGAGUACCAGUCAACCGAGGUAUCAAGGGAAUGUUUCUUCUCCUGAUAAUUACUCCUCUGAGAUCCCAAAAGCAAAAUGGCUUAGGUAUCCUAUCCUAAUAUUUCUCAGUAGAGGAAAAGAACUUCCAAGGGUUGGUGAAGGUUGCGUUUUCUGAGGGCCUUCUAUAGACGGGGCUCUUGGGUGGACAGGUUGAAGGGCUAUUGUUGGGAUUUAGUAAGUGCCUGUCUAGCAGGGAGCCUGGGUUUCAAUUUUGACUCUCUGCAUUUUGUGGACAUUGUGUUCAUUUGUUACAGUUUCUACAGAGUUCCAACUGCUUUACCCUACCUUGUUCCCUUUUAGAGAAGUUCUUCUGGAGGGUUUGGAGUCUUGCAUAAUUUGAGCCGCAUUCACUGUUCCCCCUGGCAAAGCCAGACCUUGUUGAGGUUUCCUGUAUAGAACACCUACAUUUGUAUGUUUCUGGGCUCAAAGACCAAUCCCGUUUCUACUGUUUUCUUCACAAGAAAGUUAUCUGUGGUGGGACAGCAGGGGGAGGAGGAAGAGCUGUGGUUUAUAACCUGUUCAACUCAGGCAUUAGUGAUUUUAGCUUUAUGUAAGGUCUUAGGUUGAGCUUUAAGCACUUUGUAAGACAUGGCUGUAAACAACUUCUCUAUCAACUCUAGAGAGCCAUGUUGGGUUAAUAGCCAUUGGGUUUAUUCCUUUACCUCAUGCAAUCCCAGUAACUGUGGUGGUAUUUAGAGGUGAAAGAGGCAAGUGAAAGAACACCUCUGCUGUGAAUGUUUUAGGGAAAGAAAUUCUAAAUAUUUUGUAACUAAAAGCAAACUACACUGUUAAAUAUGGGUAUUAGCUUUAUUCUACACUUUGAUUCUUAACAUUAAUCAGUCAACUUCUACCUUAAUGAAAGUUGACCAUAGUUAUUCCCGAAUAAAAAGACACCAGUACUUACCAGGUCUUAUAUUGUGAUGUCCUGUUAUUCAAUUUUAGGUUGCUGGUUCCUGAGAGCAGGUAAAGUUGUAAGAGCAACACAAGUCAGCUGCCCAUAGUGUCCCUGCCACACUGUUCUUACAUUCAGCGAUUUGUUUGGGUGGGGGGAUCGGGUGCCCUCCCUGUGUACCUCUCCUAUAUGUGGUACACUUCCCACUAACCUUGGAGUGGCCUAUAAUUCACUUUCUCUUAGACUGGCUUCAUUCUGGAUCUGUGCUAAAAUCUUUUGUGAAGAGGCCUCAGUUUAUAUAGCCUAGCAGACAACAAAAUGCACUGAACUUUUCAGAAUGUAUAUGUACAAGGAACCCACUGCAAGAGGUUUGGCUUGUUUCUCUCUUAAUUGUAUGAAUUUGAAUUUUGAUUAUUUUCUCUUUUAAAGAAGGCCAGGUCUGGACUGGUUGGUACCCUUCAGAGUAGAAAACUAACCCUUAGGAGGGAUCCAAGGCCAUAGGAAUGAAUAGAGAUUCUGCCUUACAAAAUUGCCUAUUACAGAGGUCUCCCUCAAAUACAAAGUGGGGAACCCCUUUUUGAGUAUCUCUGAAUUUGACCAGUGGUACUGUUACAAAGUACGUUUUUAAUUCACGAUACUAAGGUUUUUGUACAAAAUUGUAACAGUAGCCAUGGAAGUCAUAGCCUCAUCUGUGAGACACAUUCUUAAAUUUAUUUUUAGCAUCUAAAUUAAAUAUUAGUGCUUUAAAGCACUAAAGAAGGAUUUCUCCAGGGUCCUUAUUGAGAGGAAGCAAAGGGUACUUCUGAUCCACCAGUGACCUAGGUGGGAAUAUUUGGGUUUUCUACUCACACCACCACUUGGGUCCCACACUGAGUGUUGUGAAUUCCUGCGUUUGCAUCUUCUGUUCCCAGAAGUUAUUCUGCCAUGGCUUUGUGUCAUCUCAAGUCACCUGACUUAGAAAGUGCCCUUCCAAAGACCCUGUUCACUGCUGCACUUUUCAAUGAAUUAAAAUUUAUUUCUGUUCUAGUGGGAAA